GACCGUUUCCCUCUCUCCAUCCCGCAACAGGUUGCUUUGGCCGGACAGAAAUCAGCCGCACCGACCCCCCUGUGGACCGAACCGAACUCAGGCGAACUCAGGCGAACUGAAGCUAACUGAAGCGAACCUGCAAGAGGAGUUCCUCCGGAGCUGUUCAGCGGGGAUUCUGCAGCUGUGAGUCCGCCUGCAUGGAGGCUUUGGGCGGCCUGAGGCGGCGGAUCAUCCCGCUGCUGCUUCUUCUUCUGAUGCUCUGCUGCACCGCCGCCGAGAGGGUGUGUCACUGCAGCGGAAAGUCUCUCUGUCACUGUGAUGGGGUCAAAGGUCAGAAGGGUGAAUUUGGUUACGUUGGAUACGAUGGACUUCCUGGAGUGAUUGGUUAUCCCGGAAACGAGGGAAACCAGGGCUUUCCUGGAGAAAAGGGUGAUCAUGGAACAGCAGGGAGUUCAGGAGUCAAAGGCUCUCGGGGUCUUCCAGGAAAACCAGGUUUUCCAGGACCUCCAGGUCUGCCGGGUAUCCCCGGACAUGAAGGACCCCUCGGCCAAUCAGGACUCCCAGGAUGCAACGGGACAAAGGGCGAUGUUGGUUACCCAGGGUUCUCUGGGGCUCCAGGUCCUGGCGGCAUUCAAGGUCGAUCAGGACUGCGAGGGGCAAAGGGAGACACUUACGUUUUUGCAGCAACUCCAGAUAUUAAAGGAGCACCAGGACCCCAAGGACGAGAAGGAGAAUAUGGGCUGAGUGGAGAUCCAGGGGAACCCGGCUUUCCAGGAGAACCAGGACCUUCCGGACUUCCUGGAAAUCCAGGGUUUUCAGGAUUAGCAGGAGAGAAGGGUCAGGAGGGUCCCAGUCCGGUGAUACCAGGCCCCCGCGGACAGAAGGGUUAUCGCGGUCCGACGGGGGUUCCUGGACAGAAAGGAAUUAAACUUUAUGCUGAAGGACCCAAAGAACUGAAGGGAGAACCAGGUGACAUUGGAGCGAAAGGUUGUCUUGGUCUACUUGGUGUCCCGGGGAAACUGGGGGUCAAAGGAGAAAAGGGCGGGCCAGGAGAUCCCGGAUCACUAGGUAAACCGGGGAAGGAUGGAGUCCUUGGAGAGCUGGGAGUACAGGGGGAAGCAGGGGUUCGUGGGUACCUCGGACCUCCGGGUAUAGAAGGAGCCACGGGGGAGAAAGGUGAUCGUGGUUUUCCAGGUCUUCCAGGAGAGACGGUUUUUAACCAAAUAUUCCUGAAGGGCCAGCCAGGUGCCUCCGGGUCCCGAGGACCCCUAGGAGUGCAGGGAGAACAAGGACUCAUUGGAUUUCCUGGCCUGCAGGGCGAGCCAGGUGUGGCUUCCAAUGGUCCACCGGGCCCUCAGGGGCCUCCAGGCUCAACUGGACCCAAAGGAGAAUCAGGAGCUUCCGGUCCCCUCGUGGUCGGCCCCCCGGGACUCUCUGGAGUUCCUGGAGGUCCAGGAUUGGAAGGAGAACCAGGCGAACCGGGAAUACCAGAUUUUCUCCCGGGAGAUGUCGGCGCUCCAGGAGAUAAAGGUCUAAAAGGCCCGACUGGAUUCCCUGGAGUCGGAGGGGAGGAUGGACUGACAGGUGAGAAGGGGGGAGUGUGCUUGGUUUGUCCGCUUGUUGCGGGCUCCCCAGGACCUCCAGGCAGAAAAGGAGAGCAAGGUGAAAUCGGGUUGACAGGGUCAACUGGGUUUCCUGGACCCAAAGGUCACAACGGGGCGAAAAGUGUCGGAGGACCACC